UUUAUUUUUUGAAGUAAAAACAUUGAGAAUUGGGAAUGUGGUACCAUGGUGACCUAUACAUAUACGCUACAAGGACUAGAAGUCUCAUGAUCAACCUAUCAUUUGAAACAAUGGAGAGGAUGGAAACAUCUGGAAACCAACCUGGGCAUGUUGGUGAUGACUUCAACUUAUUAUCACAAGACUUGUUCAUCAACGAAUCAAAUUUUGAGCAAUUCAUUGAUCUUAUUAGAGGUGAAACCAAUGAUCCCAUUGUCGAGUUCUGUCACAAUUAUGAUUGUGAGCACAUUAGUGGCUGUUUGGAUCAUACCCAAUUUGGCCCAACCCCAGGUGAUCAAGAUCAAGAUCCUCUCUUUGGUUGCAAUAAUCUGAGUUCUGGUCUCAAUGCUUUGCCAGCCGUAGACGUUGGGGAGGAAGAGAAUGAUAAUGAUAUUGGAGAGGAGUAUUCUUCUGCAACCACGACUACUACUACUAGGCUGACGAAGAGAAAGGGUGGGGAUAGGUCGAGAACUUUGGUUUCAGAGAGAAAGAGGAGAGGUCGGAUGAAGGAGAAGCUCUACGCAUUGCGUGCCUUGGUUCCUAACAUAACUAAGAUGGAUAAGGCUUCCAUUGUUGGAGAUGCGGUAGAGUACUUGCAGGAGCUGCAAAUGCAGGCGAGGAAGCUAAGAGCCGAGAUUGCAGGGCUCGAAUCCUCCUUGACAGAGGGAGACAGACAUCGACAAGGCAUAGUUGAAAACAGAAAGAAUAUCCAAUUUAUAAGCCCCAACCAUACAAUUUGCAAGCACAUAAUGCAGAUGGACAUGAUUCAAGUGGAGGAAAGAGGAUUUUAUGUGAGAGUGGAGUGCAAUAGAGGACAAGGGGUGGCCUCAUCACUUUACAAGGCUAUUGAGUCCCUCACACGAUUCAAUGUUCAGAGCUCCAACUUGGCUACCCUUUCUGAGAGAUUCAUAUUAACCUUUACUAUCAAGGUUAGAGAAUGCGAGCCCAACAUGAACUUGCCAAAUUUGAAGCUGUGGAUG